CCGGCCAUGAACGGCUCGCUGGCGGGCUUCGGGGGGGGCUGGCAGCCCGAGUCCGUCAUCAUCCCACUCGUGUACUUCAUCAUCUUCCUCGUGGGCACCGUGGGCAACAGCCUGGUGCUGGCCGUGCUGCUGCGCAAUGGGCAGGUGAAGAACACAACCAACCUCUUCAUCCUCAACCUGGGGGUGGCCGACCUCUGCUUCAUCCUCUUCUGCGUCCCCUUCCAAGCCACCAUCUACACCCUGGAGGGGUGGGUGUUCGGGCCCUUCAUGUGCAAGGCCGUGCACUUCUUCAUCUACCUCACCAUGUACGCCAGCAGCUUCACCCUGGCCACCGUCUCCCUCGACAGGUAUUUGGCCAUACGAUACCCCCUGCACUCCAGGGAGCUGAGGACACCCAGGAACGCCCUCCUGGCCAUUUGUGUCAUCUGGGGGCUCUCCUUCAUCUUCUCGGGCCCUUACCUCAGCUACUACCAGGAGUUCCAGCUGGCCAACCUGACUGUCUGCCACCCCAUCUGGGAGAUCUCGCAGCGCAAGGUCAUGGACAUCUGCACCUUCAUCUUCAGCUACAUCAUCCCCGUGCUCAUCCUGAGCCUCACCUACGUGCGGACUAUUCGCUACCUGUGGCGCUCCGUGGACCCUCUCCAGGACAUGUCGGAGUCCAAGAAGGCCAAGAGGAAAGUCACCAGGAUGAUCAUCAUCGUCGCCGUCCUGUUCUGCCUCUGCUGGCUGCCCCACCACCUGGUCAUCCUCUGCGUGUGGUUCGGGUACUUCCCCCUCAACCACUCCACGUACGUGCUCCGCAUCCUCUCGCACGUCAUCUCCUACGCCAACUCCUGCGUGAACCCCAUCGUCUACGCCCUGGUCUCCAAACACUUCCGCAAGGGCUUCAAGAAGAUCUUCAGCUGCCUCCUGCGCAAGAAGGCGGCGCACAAGGUGCGGGUGGCCCAGGCUGCCAACACGGUCAGCACGCUGGAGGCAGAGCUCAGCGAGGUGACCCAGCUGAGCGAAGCGCUGCCCGGCCGCUCGGCCGCGCGCUGCAGGGGCCCCGCACAGCCCUGGGGGCAGGCAGGGCUGGAGGGGCAGCAGCAGAGAGCAGAGGGCUCCUCUGUCACCUUCAACGCCAGCUAGCAGAGCU